AUGGGUUGCGGUAUGAGCACUGAGGAGAAGGAGGGAAAGGCCAGGAACGAGGAGAUUGAGAACCAACUCAAGAGGGAUAAGAUGCUGCAGCGAAAUGAAAUCAAGAUGCUUCUCCUUGGAGCUGGUGAAUCCGGAAAGUCUACUAUCUUGAAACAGAUGAAACUUAUCCAUGAGGGAGGUUAUUCGCGCGACGAGCGAGAAUCAUUCAAAGAAAUUAUUUUCAGCAACACAGUCCAAUCAAUGCGCGUUAUCCUCGAAGCCAUGGAGUCCCUGGAAUUACCUCUCGAUGAUCAAAGAGCAGAAUACCAUGUCCAAACCAUCUUCAUGCAGCCACAACAAAUUGAAGGAGACAAUUUACCACCCGAGGUCGGAAGUGCUAUUGCUGCUUUAUGGAAGGAUGCUGGUGUUCAAGAUUGUUUCAAGCGAUCAAGAGAAUAUCAAUUGAACGACUCUGCUAGAUACUACUUUGAUAACAUCGAAAGAAUCGCUCAACAUGAUUACAUGCCAAACGAUCAAGAUGUCCUUCGCUCCCGUGUCAAGACCACGGGUAUCACCGAAACCACCUUCAUCAUUGGAGACCUCACCUACCGCAUGUUCGAUGUUGGAGGACAACGUUCCGAGCGAAAGAAGUGGAUCCAUUGCUUUGAGAAUGUCACGACAAUCCUCUUCUUGGUCGCUAUCUCCGAGUACGAUCAACUGCUUUUCGAAGAUGAAACUGUCAACCGUAUGCAAGAAGCGCUUACACUUUUCGACUCGAUUUGCAAUUCAAGAUGGUUUAUCAAGACGUCAAUUAUCUUGUUCUUGAACAAGAUCGAUAGAUUCAAGGAGAAGCUUCCCGUCAGUCCUAUGAAGAACUACUUCCCAGACUAUGAAGGUGGAGAUGAUUACGCUCUCGCAUGUGACUACAUCCUGAACAGAUUCGUCAGUCUCAACCAGCACGAGACAAAACAAAUCUACACCCAUUUCACUUGCGCUACCGAUACUACGCAAAUUAGAUUCGUCAUGGCGGCUGUUAAUGACAUCAUCAUACAAGAAAACCUCCGCUUGUGUGGUCUGAUAUAA